GGAGUGGGAGGGGACAUGAACUCUGACCGGAGCGAGUGCACGGACCAGCUGGUGGGGCUGGCGCCGUGCCUGCAGUACGUGCAGGGCGAGGCGCGGACUCCGGCGCCGGACUGCUGCGGCGGGCUGCGGCAGGUGCUGGGGAAGAGCCCCAAGUGCCUCUGCGUGCUCGUCAAGGACAAGGACGACCCCAACCUGGGCAUCAAGAUCAACGCCUCCCUCGCCCUCGCCCUCCCCUCCGCCUGCGGCGCCACCAAGGCCAACGUCUCCCACUGCCCAGAGCUGCUGCACAUACCUCCGAACUCGAAAGACGCCGCCAUCUUCAGCCCCGGCGGCGAAAAGGGCACCGCUGCAACUCCAGGCAAGGACAACACGGCGUCCACGACCAACUCCCGCGCCCAGCAAGCCGCCAACGGGGCCAUCGCCACCUCGACAGCCACCGCCGGCGUCGCACUGGCGGCGCUGCUGGCCGGCUACCUUGCUCUGCUCCUACCAGCGGACGUCCUGGCCGCCCCCUUCUAA